UAAAACAAAAAGCUUAAGGGUCCAACUCGAUACACUCGGUCGGCACACCCAUCGACGCAGAAUCGCACAGAGAGAAAAAGAAGAAGAUGGAAAUCCGGCGACCGGCGUCUCCCCAUCUACAAACAUGUAUGCAUUAUUUUAGGUGGGCAAUGUUGGAUAAGCUUUGUUAGGGCAUGAAAACGCUUGAAAGGAGUGGGGUUCGUAAUUUCAUACCUCUCUUCAUUACUCUCUCUGCUUUUGUUGAUCAAGGGAAAAAUGGAGCAGGCAAGGCUGAAUUUGAGGAUUCGUUGCUCUGGCUCAACACCAUCAGAUGAAUCGGCUUUGGAUCUUGAAAAAAACUGUUGUAGUCAUCCUAAUCUGCCUUCGUUAAGUCCGCCAACUCUUCAACCAUAUGCAUCAGCUGGACAACACUCCGAGAGCAAUGCUGCUUACUUUUCAUGGCCUACCUCCAGCCGAUUAAAUGAUGCUGCCGAAGAGAGGGCAAACUAUUUUGCUAACCUACAGAAAGGGGUGCUACCUGAAACUCUUGGUCGGUUACCGAAAGGACAACAAGCCGCCACCUUGCUUGAGCUAAUGACUAUUAGGGCAUUUCAUAGUAAAAUCUUGCGAUGUUAUAGUCUUGGAACGGCAAUUGGGUUUCGUAUACGACGGGGUGUUUUGACAGAUAUACCAGCUAUUCUAGUUUUUGUUUCCCGCAAAGUUCACAAGCAGUGGCUCAGCCCCAUUCAGUGUCUCCCCACUGCCCUAGAGGGACCAGGAGGUGUGUGGUGCGAUGUAGAUGUGGUGGAAUUCUCGUAUUUUGGUGCACCUGAGCCAACUCCCAAGGAACAGUUGUACACAGAGAUUGUGGACGACCUGCGUGGGAGUGGUGUAUGUAUUGGUUCAGGGUCUCAGGUUGCAAGUCAAGAGACUUAUGGAACUUUGGGUGCCAUUGUGAAGAGCCAAACAGGCAGUCGACAAGUUGGUUUCCUCACAAACAGGCAUGUUGCAGUUGAUCUGGAUUAUCCAAAUCAGAAAAUGUUUCAUCCUUUGCCACCAAACCUUGGACCUGGGGUAUAUCUUGGUGCAGUUGAGCGAGCUACUUCAUUCAUCACAGAUGACCUGUGGUAUGGCAUCUUUGCUGGCAUAAACCCAGAGACAUUUGUGAGGGCAGAUGGGGCAUUCAUCCCUUUCUCCGAUGAUUUUGACAUGUCCACUGUAACUACAUCUGUGAAAGGUGUAGGAGAGAUUGGAGAUGUUAAAAUCAUAGAUUUGCAGUCUCCAAUCCAUAGCCUAAUCGGAAAGCAAGUGACGAAGGUUGGAAGAAGUUCUGGAUUGACAACUGGGACUAUAUUGGCUUAUGCCCUUGAAUAUAAUGACGAGAAAGGAAUAUGUUUUUUAACUGAUUUUCUUGUCGUCGGUGAGAACCAACAGACAUUUGAUCUUGAAGGAGACAGUGGGAGCCUCAUCAUAUUAAAGGGCGAAAAUGGGGAGAAGCCAAGGCCAAUUGGGAUCAUAUGGGGUGGAACUGCUAACAGGGGCCGACUUAAGUUGAAAGUCGGCCAACCUCCUGAGAAUUGGACUAGUGGAGUUGAUCUUGGGCGCCUGCUCAAUCUCCUUGAACUUGAUCUCAUCACAUCUUGCGAAGCUCUUAAAGUGGCAGUGCAGGAACAGAGAGCCGCUUCAGCAACAGCUGUUGGCUCUACAGUUGGUGAUUCUUCACCCCCUGAUGUUGUGCUCCCAAAGGACAAAGUGGAGCCUCUUGGUCUUCACAUCCAGCAUAUCCCUUUGGAUGAUGGAGCUGGAGGCCUAGAUAUGAACUCCUCGCCUAUUGAGACCGAGUUUGAUGGGGUCACGAUGGGUCCAAGUGUUGAACAUCAGUUUAUCCCGAACUUCAUCAACCGCUCGCCCCAACACCAAAACCGACGGGAUAGGGUGGUGUCCGAAACUCUCUCUCCAUUGUGCCGUGGUUCCGAUGAGGAUAUAUCUUUGCAAUUGGGAGACAAUGAGGCCAAGAGAAGGCGUUCAGAUCCCUCAACAAGCACAGAAGAGUGAAAGUGAAUGUGGCUUGUGGGUCGAGUUGGGAGAAAUGCUCCAUUUUGUGUAUGGAUAGUACCAUGUUGUUGUAAGUUUGUAAGGAAUAUUUGCGUCAAGUUACCUCAGUGACUAGGAAGUUGGAUAGUUAAUUGUAUUGGCAAUCCAAUUUAGUCCAGGCUAACUGAGUUGCCUUUGGCAGUUGUUUUAAAAACACUGUUACUAAGGGCCCGUUUGGAUCGCGAUAACGUUAUAUGUUAUGGUUUGGUAUGAUAUGAAAACAACCGUUUUGGUA